CUGCCUCGCUCGGGUGACGUCAGCGGUCUGGUCCUCUCUACCGCCGCAUCCUCGGCGCUUGCGGGAGCCGGCGUCCCGCUCCCCUCGCGUCCCGCCCGGCUAUGGCUCCCGUGGCUCUGCUGCCGUUCCUUCUGCUGAUGCUGCAGCCUCCGCCCGGCACGCCCGCGCCUCCCGUUCGCGACCCCUUCGCCCCACAGCUCGGGGACACGCAGAGCUGCCAGCUGCGGUGCCGUGACCGCUACCCUAGCCCGCAGCCUUCGCAGGAGGAGCUCAAGCAGGCCGACUCCUCCAAAUCCCAGAAUGAGUAUGACAGGGCGGUCUUCAUCAGUGCUUGUGAGCGAGGCUGCCGCCUCUUCUCCAUCUGUCGGUUUGUGGCCAGGAGCUCCAAACCCAAUGCCACACAGGCUGAGUGUGAAGCAGCCUGCGUGGAGGCCUACAUGAAGGAGACGGAGCAGCAGGCCUGCAGUGAGGGCUGCUGGAGCCAGAACCCUGAGCCGGAGUCUGAGCAGAAGAGAAAGGUCCUGGAAGCUCCAAGUGGGGCUCUCUCGCUUCUGGACUUGUUCUCUACCCUCUGCAAUGACCUUGUCAACUCGGCCCAGGGCUUCGUCUCCUCCACUUGGACAUACUACCUGCAGACUGACAAUGGGAAGGUGGUGGUGUUCCAGACCCAGCCUGUGAUAGAGAGCCUGGGGCACGAGGGGGCCCGUCUGCAGCGAGUGGAGGUGAUUUGGCGGGGAUCCCAUCCUGAGGCCUUGGAGGUGCACGUGGACCCUCUAGGCCCCUUGGACAAGGUGCGGAAGGCCAAGAUCCGAGUGAAGACCAGCAGCAAGGCCAAGGUGGAGUCUGAUGAGCUGCAGGACAAUGACUUCCUCAGUUGCAUGUCUCGGCGCUCGGGGCUUCCUCGCUGGAUCCUGGCCUGCUGCCUUUUCCUCUCCGUGCUGGUGAUGCUGUGGCUGAGCUGCUCCACCCUGGUGACUGCGCCUGGCCAGCAUCUCAAGUUCCAGCCCCUGACCCUGGAGCAACACAAGGGCUUCAUGGUAGAGCCAGACUGGUCGGUGUACCCUCCCCCGUCCCACACCUUUGGGGACAGCCCCCCACCCUACAUGCUGAAGCUGGACCUGACCAAGCUGUAGGCGUCUGUCCACCCGAGCACUGCCAAGCGCAAGGGCUCCUCUAUCCUCAUUUCCCUGCACCCAGGGGUCCAGGCCAGGGUGGGACCAUCCUUGGGCCCCUGCACCCCCAAAUUCUUCUCUCUCCCUGGUUCCAUCUCUCAACCCUCUGGGUCCUGGGGUCACCGUGCCCCCCACUGGGGGGCAGGAUCUGACCUUGGUUCCUCCCUGGCCCCUCUUUCCCUGGAGCGUGCUACUUUUUGUCUUCUAUCGUGUAGCUUCUUGAGUAUUUGAACCCCAGUUCUGUGCCGCCUUGCUCUUUCCUCUUCGCUUCCCUCUGGGAGAGGGCUGAGGCUGCAGGGGAGCUGCCUUGUGCUCAGGCUCUCCUCUUUUUCCCCACCCCACCUCUGGAGAUCCAGCCCCGUGAGAGGAGGCCCCUGUGGGAAGAGGCAGUGGGCAGCUACAUGCUGCGGCUGGGAUUGCAGCAUGGGGGUUGGGAGGAAUAAACCAUGUACAUAAAAGA